AUGGCUACAACUCGUUAUUUUAAAGUUUUCCCAAAAUUAUCUAAUCCUAUUGUUAAAAUCCAUGCUUACCCUUCAGCUUUAACAGCUGGUAAUCUGGUUGUCGAUGAGUCAAACUUGAAAUCAGUAGAACAACAAAUACAACGAGAUGAUUCAUCUAAGAAGAAGAGUGGACCAAUUUCACGAUAUAAUUCUCUAGUUGAAUCUGGAAUUAUAAGAGAGGAUUCAUUUCAAUAUAGUAUUGUUAAUCUUCUUCAAGAUUUACAUGAUCGAUUAGAGAAUUAUGAUCCUCCACUUAUAACAACUGAAUUAAAAGACAACGGAUCAAUUUUUGGAAUGAUUACAAAAUUAUUUGGUAAAAAUACAUUUGCUAAUUAUAAUUAUAAUAAUAAAGGAUUAUAUUUGUAUGGAGACGUUGGAACAGGAAAGACAAUGUUAAUGGAUCUUUUCUAUGACACUUUACAAACCGAACGAAAACGUCGUGUUCAUUUUCAUGCAUUCAUGUUAGAUGUUCACGCACGUGUUCAUAAACUUAAAUCAACCAAUUCAACCAAUUCACAUUAUGAUCCUAUACCAACAAUUUCUACAGAUUUAUCGAAUGAAUCAAUUAUAUUAUGUUUUGAUGAAUUUCAAGUUACGGAUAUAGCGGAUGCCAUGAUUUUACGUCGUUUAUUAGAUGAAUUAUUUAAACGUGGAGUAAUUAUGAUUACCACAUCAAAUAGACAUCCGGAUGAUUUAUAUAAAAAUGGAAUUCAACGAUCAAGUUUUAUUCCUUGUAUUGAAUUAUUAAAACAACAAUGUCAUAUUCAAUCUUUAAAUUCUGGAACUGAUUAUCGUAAAUUAACUCGAGAAAUAACUGGAGCUUGGUUUACUCCUUUAAAUACUCAAUCAUCAAUAGAUAUAGAAAAUACUUUUAAAUCAUUAACCAAAGGAAAACAAUUAAUUUAUGAUAAAAAAUUAAAUUUUUGGGGUAGAUCAUUAACUAUACCACAAUCAAGUGAUAAUGUAGCUAAAUUCAAUUUUUAUAAAUUAUGUUGUCAACCUUUAAGUGCUGCUGAUUAUUUAGAACUUACUAAACAUUAUAACACCAUUAUACUUACUGAUAUACCAAGAUUAUCUUUAAGUAUGAAAAAUGAAGCAAGAAGAUUUAUUACUUUUAUUGAUGCAGUGUAUGAUACAAAAGUGAAAGUCCCACCAAGAGAUCUCUUCUAUACAGAAUCAGAUAAUGAUAAUAAUCAUCACUAUCACAUAAAUUAUGAUUUAAUAGAUGAUUUAGAUCUUCAUGAUUCACAUAAAUCUAUUCCUAUAUUUACAGGGGAAGAAGAGAUUUUUGCAUUUGAAAGAGCAAUUUCUAGAUUAACCGAAAUGCAAGGAAUGGAAUGGAUGAGUAAAAAUAUCUUAAAAUCUAGAAACGAUGGAAAAUUCUUGACUUCUCGACCUACCGUUGAAUAUAUGAUGUAA